AUGUCGAUUCGGUUACUGUCCCAUGACGUUAUUAAGCAAAUAAACUCAUCUGUUGAAAUUGCAGACAUGAACGUAGUUAUCUGUGAACUUUUCAAAAAUUCGCUGGAUGCCAAUUCUACGCGAGUUGAGUUGAGUGUUGACUACAGACAGAGGGCUUGUAUUGUAGAGGACAAUGGCUUUGGUAUUCCGCCCUCGGAAUUUAGCAAGAAUGGCGGCCUAGGCAAGCUGAAUUACUCUUCAAAGCCUAUUUUCCAUUCUGAUUUUCAUGGCGGAAAGGGCACAUUUCUCGCAUUUCUAUCCAACCUAUCUCUUCUCAAAAUUACAUCGCGUCAUAGAUUGUACCGGUCAUGUAACACUUUGGUCUUGCAGCACUCAAAUGUAUUAUCCCGACAUGUUCCUGCCCCUCUGUGGGAGAAAAUUAGCUUCGACCAUGGAACAAAGGUCACAGUGAAUGAUUUGUUUGGAGGUAUGCCAGUUCGGAUCAAACAUUGCACAGAAAAUAUAAUUAAGUGGCAGAAAGAUGAAAAAGAAUGGUCAAUUUUGGUUAAUGAAAUUGUCAAACUUGUUUUUGCCUGGAGAGAUAAUGUGGAAGUAAUUAUGCGAAACCCUUCGUCCCAUAAAAAAUUGAUUAUUCGAUACCCGAACUCUUCGGCGUCAGCCAAAGACCCUGGUCUAAAAGUCUGCACCAUUCUGCGCCAAGUGUCUCUUAACACAGUCGAAGAUAGAAAAUCGUGGGUUACAGUCGAGGCAUCAAAUGCCUAUGCCAAGAUACUUGGUACAAUAUCACUUUUACCGUGCUCUACGAAAAAAUACCAGUUUAUAUCGUUUGGAAUACGACCACUAAAUGAAAAGAAACAUCUACUCUUCGAUCAGAUAAAUUGUCAGUUUAAUCAUUCUGAUUUUGGUGCUGCAAGCAGAGCGCCAGAGCUUUGUCAUGAUUUAGAAGAGAAACCUCGAGAAGAUGAAACUUAUCGUCAGAGUUUCGGACUUAGAGUGAAGGAGUCGAUUAAAAAUAAAAAAUGUAUUGAUAGAUGGCCAAAAUUUUAUCUCAAAUUCACGUUGUAUGCCCUAGGCGAAGAAGUUAAGACAUCAGCAGAUGGAAAUCCUGGGGGUGAAGAUUGCGAGGAGACAAGUAACAUGGUAACAGGGCUAUUACAAAAGAUGAUUGAGGACUUUCUACGACGUAAUAAUUUUCGUCCAAACACAAAUCAGUGUUGUUGCCCUGGUAAAAGUAAACAUUCGAUGAGUGGAGAGACAUUGGUAGAAGAGGGAAACUUUGGCGAACCAGUCUUAAAUCCGGUCUCUAAAUCUGUUCUAACCCGGAUACAAAAAUCUCAUAAAACUUCCCCAGAUAUUCGAACCACAAAAGACAUUUUUCUUUCAUCCCAGGAGCUUACAGAUUCCAAUUUGUUCGCUGGCCCUGUUUCAAAGAUAGGAUCUAAGGCAGCGGCCUUUAAUGCGAUUCAAAAUUCAACACUUUCUUUUGAUACAGGAAACACCGCUAAAAACAAUACAAAACGUAUGACUAUUCAAAAUAAAGUGACUCAAAACUUAACGUUUGUCGCACCGAGUGUUGAUAAUUUACCACGUAAAGUUCCUGAAAGCAUUAAACAUUCCAUAGAGUCUUUGCAGAAUGAUACUACACACAUAGUAGUUUCUCCUCCUCCUGAAAUCUCGAGAAUUGGCCGCAAACAGACAGAGAAAGCCGAAAUUUCCGGAAUUUCCACCACCAGUGUUGACUCAUAUCCGAAGAAAAGCCUGAAGGUCGACCACUUUACUAGCCUUAAAAAUGCUUCUCGUGGAUUGAAGCUUAGUAUGCCUAGUGAAAUUCCUAAGCAUCAAAAUACUGGAAUAAUAGCAAGACUAGAGCACAAUAUCCCCAGAAAUCUAAUGCUUCUUGAUAAGCGAAAAGAUCCUGUAAAUUCGACUGCAGAAAAACAAUGUCAAUUCCCCACAAGCACCAAUCUGAUAAUUCAAGAUCUGAUUUGCGAUCAAAGCAGUAAUUUUUUCCAUAAUGAAUCUUAUCUUAAUCUGACUGGGUUAGCCAAUUUAAAUCUUUGUGUUCACAGAGAUGACUUGAGACAUGCCGAGAUUAUUGCUCAAGUUGACAAAAAGUUUAUUCUUGUCAAAUUAAGCCAAAUUCAAAAUAAGAUGAAGGGAAACAAAGAGAGCAUCUUAGUGAUGGUAGAUCAACAUGCAGCUGAUGAGCGUAUCCGAAUCGAAUCUUUACUUAAAGAAUUAUGUAUUCCUGAGAAAACAUCAUCUUCAGGAUCCGUCAAUCGAGUGUGCUCCCAUACUUUAAAAACGCCUAUAAAUUUUGAGUUAUUACUCGAUGAAUUAAACAUCCUCUCAUUGUAUAAAGCUCACUUCAUUCGUUGGGGAAUAGUAUUUGAAGUUUGUAGUGAUACAUUAGUUUCGCAUGAAGCCACAAUUUAUGGAAAUGUAAGGAUCAUUUCCUUACCCCCAACCAUUUUCAAUCGCUGUACACGGCAACCGCACCUCCUAUUGGAACUCAUUAGGCUUGAAAUCAAGAAAUUGCGCGAGCAAGACCAAUAUGACCUUACAGAACCACAUAAUCUAGAAAAUACCUGUUGGUAUAAUCAGAUUCUUACUUGUCCAGCUGGUAUCCUAGAAUUGCUUACUUCGCGUGCCUGUCGCAGUGCUGUGAUGUUCAACGAUGAAUUAAGUCGAGAAGCAAGUCAAACUAUAGUACGAGAAUUGGCGAGCUGUAAAUACCCAUUUCAAUGUGCACAUGGCAGACCAAGUUUGGUACCACUCUUAACUUUAACAAACUUGAACUUUUCGUCUCAAAAAACCCAGAUCUCGGAUAAAAGGUACAGCCCUGGUGGCCUAAGGACAUCCAAUUUUACUGACAAGUUUCGGGCAUGGAAGAAUUUGCAAUUAAAUUAA